CUCAACAACCCGAAUGACUCAAAAUCCACCUAACUUGCAUUACUCAAUCUGUAUUAUAUUUCUCUCUUCUCUGAUUUUAUAUCUUCAAUCUGAUUUCUUUCUUAACAAAAUUCCGAACUCUGAAAAUCUCAAGAUGCCUCCAAAAGUACCUAUAAAUGUCCAAUCCUUCCCUCGUCCACCUCUCAUUGAACGUACCUCUCGACACCUCCAAAUAAAGUGGCGAGGACAAUUGAUAGCAGAUACCAAAGAAGCAUACUGGGUUCUCGAAACUUAUCAUCCACCCAGUAAAUUCCACACACCAUAAUUUAAUAAAAUCUAAUAAAAUCGGCAGCAUACUAUCUCCCACCGUCCUCGAUCCUCGUGCCACUUGUAGCGACGAAACGCUCUACAUUUUGCGAAUGGAAGGGAUGGGCGAAAUACUAUUCUAUCACUACCCCGAAAGGCUCAGAAGGAAAAGAAGAAACUGUCAGAGAUAGGAUAUGGACAUAUGAAAACCCAACCGAGAGGUUUGCAGCCCUGAGGGACCAUUUGAGUUUCUAUGCUGGGCCGUGGCAAUGCUAUUUCGAUGGCGAGGAAGUGAAGCCGCAGCCAGGGGACUUUUACGGUGGGUGGGUUACGAGUGAACUUGAAGGCUUGAUCAAGGGAAGCAAAGAAACGAGACAUUUGUAAGUGUAGGGAUGUAAAAAGAAUUUGUAGUUGUAGGCUGGAUGUACCUUACCUUGUUAUGGUUCAAGUCUGAUUUCUUCCAAGUCAAUGUGCUGUUUCAAACAUGGAAGAUUUCUUUAGCAAAACAGGAAGCCAUUCUUGAGUUCACAUUGAGCAUGUACGUUUGGUAAUAUUGUUCAGAAAGGGUCAAUUAGAAUUAGUUAUAUUUGCUUGUAAUUGUUAUUAAUUAUAAUUAGUACUAGGUACAUACGAGUAUAUACUUUAAAUGUAAAUAUCUUGUAAUAAAUUCAUACUAUUCAGAUACUCAAAAUUAACGAGCAAUUUAUUCUUAGUGAAGUAAAUAGAAGUAAACACAAAAACGAAUUAAUGUAAACCUCUUAAGCAACCUAUUUAUUUUUUACUAACACAAAAAUCAAUUCUCUUAGAAAAGUACCUGCAUACUUAGGUAAGACAACAAAUUUGUACGUAAAAACUCGUUAAUACUAAUAUCAAAACAAAUCUACUAAUUUCUUACAUUCAAAGUGUUACUCUCUUUAUAUGUAAUUAGCGCCUAUUACGAUUAAGGUCUACGCAAUUAUUGUUAAUAGGGUAAGGUGUAGGGGAUUUAAUAUAUAAACGACCUCGAUAGGCUAAUUGCUAUGUUUCCCGAUAUAGGACUUGAAAGCAGUAAUUGACGCUAAGCAGUAAUAUACGAAAUAUUACAUAAGUCAAAGGUUUGUCUAUAUUAAAAAGCAGCAAGGUAAACAGGAUUUGAUUAAGAAGAAAUUACGCCAUGGCUGCCAGGGGGUUGGUGAGGAGGGGGUAUAUAUACCUUUUGCAUCCCACUUUACCAUUGCCCUUCUUGAACACUCUUGUGUUGCGACCAUCCCCAUGCUUGCUAUACCUCUAACACAUAUCCUCACCAAGAAAAUGUCCCUAUCAACCUCCCAAACCAUUCCCGCAAAACACGGCACAGCAAUCCAACUUCCAGCCCACCAGACCAUCAAGAUCCACAACACUUAUGGCAAUCAAGUAGUCGACACCUGGGCCUUCACCACCUCCAAAAUUCUCACUCCCAAACCCCCAUCAUCCUACAUGAGCAUGUCACAAACACGCUCCGCCCUCCACAAAAUCCGCCCUCAAAUCAACGAUACCCUCGUCACCAACCACUGCCAGCCCAUACUCACCCUGCUUGAAGACACCUCAGGCGGAGUCCACGACACUUUAUUCCCGGCGUGUAAUCCGCAGCGCUACUCACACUUGCAAGUUGCGCAUCGGUCGUGUGCUGAGAACUGUCGGGAAGCAGCUGUGGAGUUAGGGAUUGAGAUUGCUGAGGGAGAUGUUCCGGACCCGCUGAAUUUGUUUAUGAGUGUUGAAGUUGAGUUUGGGGAGGGGAAGAGAGGUAUUGAGCUGAGGGAGCCGGUUAGUGGGGUGGAUUCUUAUGUUGUGUUGAGAGCGGAAGCGGAUUGUGUGGUUGUUUUGAGUGCUUGUCCUAAUGAUAUUACGUUGGUGAAUGGGAUGAAAUGUAGAGAUGUUUUGGUUGAGGUUUUGUGA